CGAUCAAUCAUCCAGUUUUCGCGAGCGCAAGAAGCAGUCGACAUCAUCUUCGUCGCGUAUUCGAAUUCAUAUGAAAAAAUCAUUUUAUACGCAAGAAGUGAAACUUUUCGCUUGGCCAUUUCAGUUUUUACGAUUCUGCCCAACAUCUUAAGGCCACUAGUUUAUGUUAUCGAAAUGUGAAAUCAGUGUUAUGUGUUGUUAUCGACGAUUGUUCUUGAGAAAAUUUGUUCCAGGUUCAAAUAUGGUGAGGUAAAAGUGGAUCAUUACGACAAGAAAAUCCCGUAACUUUGUCGCGACCCCUUUUCCCCUGUCUAAAGUUUUUUUUUCUGCUGGUGGAAAAUCAUGGGAAACGCAACGAACGGAAUUAUUAGUAUUGUGGUUCUGAAAAGUCCCCUGGAGUAAACGGGUCAUAUUGUUUUUCGGAAAGUUCUGACUAUAAAGAAAUUAAGGAAGAUCCACUAGAAAAAUGUUUACCAAAAAGUCUAACAUCGAUCUUAAAAAGUCUACUGCAAAAAUCCAGGACAGCAAGAAAGAUUCCACGGCUCGAUUGCGACACUUGAAGACUAUUUUAGAACACGUCGACAGCGAGGAAGCGAAAAAUCUUUUCGAAGCCAAUUACAGCCAUGUCUACUACAUCUUGUACGACACCUUUGUCCAGGCCGAGGCUAAUCUUCGCCAGCGAGAGCUUUCGUUUCACAUCGUACACAAAACGCACCGGGAGGAACUGGACGGGUCGCUAUGGCUGCUGAGCAAAAUCCUUUGCCUGUUGCCGGAGCUGAUCGCCCGUCGUUGGCAGGUUCAUUCGCUGGGACGAAUCCUGGCGAAACUGCUACACUAUGGCAACAGCGUCAAGUUGCGCCGGGAGGGAGUGCGGUAUUUUCUGCUGUGGUACCAAGCGUUGGGUGACAAUGCACCGCCAUUUGUGCACGGGAUGUUCACCGAAUUGGUACCGGGUCUAACGAUUCCCCAGAAGGGGAAAAACGGGCCACUGUCAUCGGAUUCGGAGUUCAUCGCAACGGAUGUUCUGAAUCACCCAAACAUGAAAGGUGAGCUCGGAGGUUCGGUGUUCCACGAUACCGGUGCACAUCCGGUAAAGUCACCGGAAAUCCAGCCUCUCAUUCCUCCUGGUUCGAGUGAACGAACAGCUGCGCCUGAUCCGAGGGAUGGGCUUGAGAUUCUUUUGGACUGUAUGGUCCAAUCUUGUGGAUGUUUGAAAUGGCGCGAUAACAGUCCGCAGAAACACAUCCGAUCCUUUAAUUUUCUUCUGACGAAAUUCAGGGAACAAUAUUUGCCCGUGUUCUGUCCAAAUUUUGACUACACGACAUCGAUCUACGAACCGAAGCUGGAUCUACCGGCAAUGAGAAAUAUUUCCAAAAGGGAGGAAGUUAUGAGCUCAUGUAUCGUGGUGUUGGUGAUCUGGAUCGCGAAGUAUACACACGAGCGACAAAACAGCAAUAAGUUGGACAACGUUCAAGUCGAGGAAGAAUCGGUUGGAGAAAGUGCUUCGCUUCUAUCCAACCUACGGCAUCUGGGGUAUACACAAACGCAAUUAGUUCGUGAUGUGCUGUAUUCCAGUCGGGACAUGAUCAAUUUCGUACAUGAGAUCUACCGCCAAGCAUUCCUGAUGUCAUUUACAUCCAAAAGCCAAAUAGAGGCCAUGCGAAUUGCAAUCUCCGUUUAUCGGGACUGGAUGAGUACGAUCCCACCGCCACCAUUUCUUCUGGAACCCGAUAGCAGUGAAGUGGAACUUCAGCAACAGCUGAACCAACAGCCACAGCAAAUCGCUGGACGUCCCCAAAACCAGAGGCUUCGUACAGAUUCAUAUCUAGGCGCAAUGUCCAAAGAAAACGUAAUGAUCCGCGCGGGUCUACAAAAUGUUCUGCAGGUGUUCGUGACCAAUGCCGUCAACGUAUUCAUGGUAAAUACGGCGCAUUUGAAUAUACAUUUUCAGUCUAAGACAAACAACGUGGGAUUCGCAACGCCACUCGACGAACAGACGGACAUCUGCAAACGGGUGCUUAACAUCUACCGCACGAUGGUUAUGAAGACUCGCAUGGAGGGCCGGACCUGGGAACAGCUACUGCUCGUGUUGUUACAGAUAACUUCCGUGAUUCUGCAGAAUUCUCCGCCGAAUGCUAAGAAAAACAACCUCGGCGGUCGGCUAGCUCAACCAAUCUUUCAGACUCUGAUUGUCACUUGGAUUCGGGCGCAUACCAACGUCGUUGUGCACCCAGGUCUUUGGGACAAGUUUCUGAAGGUCCUCUCGUCGCUGAACCAUCGCGAAGAAUUGAUCGUGGAAUGGGACAAAACCAUGCAAACGUUAACACGAGUGUUGGCUCGGCAGGUUUACAACAUCAAUCUUUCGGAUCUACCGCUAGAUCGGCUAGCAGAGCAGAAGGGCAAACGGAAGCGAGGAACUCCUUCCAAUUGGGCUCAAAGCUCUUCUCUUGGUGGCCAAGGAGGACUAGAUAAGGCCGACAGUUUGGGUAGUGGAGCUCCGUGUAAUAGUACGAAUGAAAAGGUGUCGAUUGAGGAUCACGGUUGUGGAUAUGAUGUCCGAAAUUCUAGCGGUUCCGGUGGCCACGCGUUAAGAAGUGUGCCGGGUACACCUGCAUUGAAUAGAAGCUACAGCGAGGGCAGUUUGGCGCCAUUCAGAAAGUCCCGAGGACGACGGAGGGUUAGGAACAAGCAACACGUUUCAGCUCUCCCAAUGAAUGUGGAACAUUCGUUGAAUCGAAUGCUUUCAAAUACUUCGGGCGGAGGAUUGAGUAUAAGUACAGAGAAUUUCGACGUGUCGAGAUUUUCGCAGUGUGACGAUUCGAUUAUGAUGAGCGUUCAGCUUCCAGCGGUUCCUACGCUGAGGAGAGCACUUUCGUUGGACUCGAUAAGACCGCCUACCGGGAAGAACCAGAGAACUGGUGACAGCGACAGCUAUCGAUGUGGAAGUCGCAGUCCUUCUCCUACAGCCUCUAGUGGCAUCGAAAGUGGAUCAAUAAAAGAUUCUCCGAUGCAGAUUGAUGUCAUGACAGCAGACAGUUCCAGCAUUGAUACUCAAGAUGAAAACAGUAGCAUAUCGGCUGAUAGACGCUCCAUUCUCUCUGGCGGGACAGCCCGUGGUUGGCUACCGGAUGUGGCUUCAGUUAUGUGGAGAAGAAUGUUGGGCGCUUUAGGUGAUGUCAAUAAAAUACUGAACCCCAAGCUACAUGCACAGGUUUUCCAAUACCUCGUUAACAUGACUGAAAGUUUAAUAAAAAUUCGGAUGAAUCAAGGAAUCUCAUUGGAUGGGCAACCUAUACAGAAUCCAAUGAAUCUCGUUCCGCCGAUCGCGCUGGUAGCACCAUGGUGUUACGGAGCUUUGACCCUUGACAAUCAGUACACCCAAGGAAAACUUUACGCUAUGCAACUGCUUUGCACGAUUGUUAAAAGUGGCGCAAGCCUUGGAAAUAACCAGUUGCCAUUGUUCUAUCAUGCUCUGCACCAAGCACUUUCAGGCGAAGAUCGUGCAAUGGCCUACACUGCUUUGAGGUUUUUAGGAGGGCCGCGUUUUAUUAGUCUCCUGCUACCGGGACAUACUUUGCUGCUUUUGGAUUUGGUGCAUGCUUCAACAAUAGUGCUUACAUCUUCCGAGACAGGACCGCAUGCUCCAAGGGCUGAAGUAGCCGGGCUCCUAGGAUCAUUGCUUUGUUUUCCGAGAACGUCGCUUCCAGGCCCAGUUCUCACACCGUCGGAGCCCAAUAUAGAUUUGAUGGAAUGUCCUGAUUUACAAGAGCACGUAUUGAACAUUGUGCUACGCUGUGCACGCCGAGAACCUACUGCCAAAGCUCGAUGCAUUGCAAUCGCGUCCCUAGGACAAUGGAUCCUUCAAAAUCUCAUAAAUCCUAUCAACUCGCCCGGAGCAGGGAGCGAAUCUAGCUUCAAACAAAGAAUUCCCCAACACCAUUCCAGCAUGGGUUCAACCAAAGGUGAAUUGCCUUCAAACCCACGCAUUCGAGAAGCUUUUCAAGUUCUUCUACAAGCUUUACAAUUUAAACAUCGCACAAUUGCACGCUUAGCGUCGGAAACCUUGAAACUUUGUGCCGAACAGGGGCACAGAAUCGAACGUAUUGACCGGCUUCCGCAACUUAUCAUUGACACGAUUUGUCUAUCGUUAGAAAUCCAAAACGUACCACACCCAAAAGAAUCCGAUAAAGUUGUGCUGACUUCGCUGCUGUUGACAUUGGGCGAAUUCUGCAUGUCGCUCUCGGUGGAAACUCUUUUGCGCCCAAAAUCUUCGGAUACGGAUGAACCGCUCAUUCAGGUGGUAUUCAAAGUUCUAUAUAAAAUAGCAAUGGGUAUACACAAUGGUGAAAGGAUCAAGCUAUUCACUACGGAUGAAGACUUUGACAUGAGCAUUUCGGUAGAUGAUGUGCAGGAACAAAGUUCGCCGGCCGAACCCACUUAUCAAACACCGGAAUCGAUUGCAAGCUGCCAAUCUGCCAUACGGCUCUGCGCGAAAACUGUGGCAAUGCAUUUAAUCACCAAUCUUGGUCAUUUUCCCAUGGGUAUCGGUGCAACUAGAUUAAGUUCCCUGGUAGACGAGCAUGAUGAUUUAACCGGAAGCAGUGGAGGAAUGGGCACUCUGCAGCGUGAAAGUUCCGUGAUGAGCAACCGGGAUUCGAUGGAUUUGGGAGCCACCCAGGUGUUGGCUUCACCCAACCUGCAGCUCCUUAUGCUCAGCUCGGAAUUGGUAGCAAGUUUCAUUGAACUUCCUGCAUUAAAACUACCAGGUGGUGGUGUAACGGCUGGUUUGAUGACCGCACACCGGCAAGUUCGUUUGCUUCUGAGAGAUUUAAACGGAAAAGCAUGUUGGGAUGCUUCGAUUUUGUAUAAGGAACCAAUCAUAAAUGGGGAAGACAGUAUUCGGCAAACGAAAGAAAAUUCACCGUCAAACGAUAAAUUAACAUUCCAAUUGAGAACUGGUGCAGGAUCUAACAGAAUGUUUGGCGGAGCUGCUCCUUCUAUAGAUCCGAUGAUGUCAACUGUUGGACUUCCUAUAGCCCCACUUAGGCAUACUUUGCGGCACCGACCGGUUCACCAACUCCCGGUUGCCAAGGACCUUGCACCGGAUCUAGACCAACUGGAUGAUUUGUUGCAGUAUAUAGGCUAUACAAGUCCAGAAUGUCUUGAUGGGGCCGAUUCUCCACUUAACACAGCCGGACCUUCACCAUUAGGACCAGCAUUAGAAGGUCAAACCAUUUCUAUUAUUCUAAACCAACGGGCUAUCGAGAUGGAAUAUAUAGCUCGCCAAAAUACUGCUGUUGGACUAUUGGGAGAAUCACCGGCCUACACUUUUGGAGGUUCUGUCGGUUACACUUCCUUCAUAGAUGACAGCGCCCCACCGGUUAUGGGCGGGUCUGGCGGAACAUUGGCAGCUAGAUUGAAUGCCUCCACCAGCAGUAUUGAUCGUUCUUCCACCAACACUGGGGAACCGAACACCAAACCAUUCCAAUUCGGUCGCAUUUUGUUCAGCCAGCUUGGCCUAGCCGGCUGGGAAAGACGAAAGCGAACCCACCUGCUCCAACGAACAGAUAAGCUGUUGCGUGAGUUGCGGAACCUAGAUAAUCAAAAGUGUCGUGAAACGCACAAAAUGGCAGUGAUCUAUGUGGCCAACGGGCAGGAGGACAAAAACAGUAUUUUGCGUAAUUCGUGCGGCAGCAGCACAUAUGAAUUGUUCGUGUCUGCACUUGGCUGGGAGGUGGAAUUAGAAUCACAUAAUGGAUUUUUGGGAGGUUUGCCUCGACAGGGUUGCGGUCAAACGGCUCCGUACUACGCGACUCCUUUCCUGGAAGUUAUCUAUCAUGUUUCGACCCGCAUGCCAUCGGACACACCGGAGGCUAUUCUUAACAAAACUCGGCAUCUCGGAAACGACGAAGUGCACAUCGUUUGGAGUGAGCACAACCGAGACUACCGUCGGGACAUUCUUCCUACCGAGUUUUGUGAUGUACUUAUAGUGAUCUACCCACUGAAGAGUGGUUUGUUCCGAGUAACGGUAAACAAGAAAGCCGAUGUUCCGUGGUUUGGCCCGCUGUCUGAUGAGAUGGUUGUAGGGGGUUCUUGCUUGGCCAGCUUAGUAAGAGCCUCUGCUAUUAAUGCGAGCCGAUCCAAGCGAACGUCACUUUCACUCUACCAACAAUAUUAUGAAGAACGGAACAGAUCACUGGAUACAGUUUCAACACGACACAAAGAAAGCAAUACGUUCGAGGACUUUACGGCGCGAAUUUUUAGUCCUAUUCCACCGCAGGGAACCGUCAGUGCUGGACACUCGGGUAGUAAUGCUAGUGGUUCUGGUGCACCUGGUGGACCAGUUGUGGCACCACCCCUGGCGGCGGCUUUGAUAGAUCAACACAGCAGGACAGUGUCUAAAACGUGGAUUCAUCAUCCGGAAACGGUCGCAACCGCUCGGGAAGUAACCCAUCAAACAGUGAUGGCAUCUGUAUCCCUAGAACAACCAUCGCCCCGAGCACAUCGCAAGCUAGCACACCCGUUCAAACAAACCUCUUCGAGUGGAACUUCAUCAAAAUCACACAAAUCGCCGCCAACAACCGGUCAACCAAUGGCUAUGGGAGCCUCUGGUGGAAUGGGAGGUGGAUCUCUGCUUUCUCACCAGCUAUCCCAUGGUACCGCAUACCAUCAUCAUCUUCCGACGGCGUCCGGGACUCCUCCAGACAGUCCGACGUUUCCUGGCAGAAGCAAGUUCAAAUGAGAUUGGUGGUAGCUUCUGGCCAGCACCAGUAGCGAAGAAGAUCUAUGCACAGCUGUGGAUCAGCACUCGCCGCAAUCCCAUCAUCGGGGAACCAUCGAAAAGGUGGGCAUUUCCGUUUGUUUUUGCGGCAAGUGAGCUGUGCACUGUGCGAACUUCCUUCUAAUGGUCGGAAGCAAAACUAGUAGCUUUAAAGUGUAUGCACCAUGAAAAAUCAAAAUCUACACUAUUGUGAGAUACUAAAAUCGUCCGUUUAUUUUAAUCUUAUUGACUAAUUAUUAUAACUUAUUAAUAUUUUUCAUUUUUGUUUGAUUUUAUUAUUCAUCUUUACGAGCUGUUGUAUUUAACAUAAUUAUUUAAAACAUCGUUCACCGAUUUGUUGAGAUAGAUGGUUUAUUGCAACACUGAAUAGUAAUUGCAAUAGAAAGUUGAUACAAUGUUUUCCGUUUUCUUUAUUGCACAUAAUCCGAUAGCGCACUCCUACAUCAUAUAAUGAUCACUUUUUAUUUUAAGUAAGAAGACAUACUUUAUAAAAAUUAUUCGGUUUAAACAGAAAUCUUCUCUUCACUGACAUUCACAAAGCAUGUAAACUGUACAGUCUACAUCGUGGACUUAGGACAGAGGGCAUCCAGAAAACUAUCAGUAUAAAAAAUCGUCUACACCAGUGGUUUUCAAAAUUUUUCACUCACCGGACCCUAUUCCGGUAUUUUAGAGCUCACCGCUCCAUCGGAGUAUUUCCGAACAAAUUUAUAUAGAAAUACAUCAAUAACUUAUAGUUUAGGGCACUUUCACCGCUCUCUUGUAGACUCUCAUCGUCCGCAGGGGCGGUAGGACUACUUUGAAAAUCACUGGUUCAAACGAAAAGAAAAAAAAAACCCUUUAGAACAACCGUCAAUUUUUUUUGCUCACUCUAUGUGUACUUUAAAAGAAAAAAACAGCAGUUAUCAAUUGUGAAAAAGAACCCAGCUUACCACUACUUAAAUGUUGUUCUUUAGGUAUCACUUUUAAAAUCCAAUUUCAUGUGACAUCCGACAAACGUUUAGGUUAGAUUUAUUAUAAAAAUAUUUAAUAAAGAUUAAAGAUUGAAAUUUAACCCUUUAUUGAAGGCAUAACAAGGCAGCAUUAGAGAAAAAAAAAGGUAACAUAACGCAGGUACUGAAAUUUUGCAAAGGAAUUACGAGAUUCGAAGCGAAUGGUUACAUCAAAAAGAGAAAGAGGAAUUAACAUAGUUCGUAUGUUGUAGCAUUGAGAAACCUUGUAUUGUUAUUUUUCUCUUUAAAAACAAGUACUGACUCAAAAUUUAUUCAUUCGCAGAAAAAGAAACAAUGUAUUUGAACUCAUUGAAUAAAGAAAUCCAAGUUAAUAUCAAAAA